AUCUUUCUUUCAGUGUCGUGAGAUCCUUGGUGAUUGCAGAGUGGCAGCUGUCGCUCUAAUAAAGUUUUCGAUUAACAAUUAUGUUUUAGUAAAACCUGUCUGCGGCUGCCACCUCGUUCUAGAGCAAGUCGAUAUAAAUUCCAAAUCUUUGGAUCGGUCGCACGAAGAAACAUGACACGCUCAAACCUUAACGUCAUCCUUUGGAGUUUACUCCUGGCCACUUGCUGUACGCAAAUUAAUGGAAACAGCAAUGAAACGGAAUUCUUCAAUUCGGUGCAUCCUAUUAGUCGAAAUGGUAAAAUAGUGUUCGUGCACGAGGAACUAAUGAAAAAACUGGAUAGUGAGCAUGAGACUUGGCACUGGACUCCUUGGUUGAGAACGAGGCUGGAGAUCACGGACGAGGGCAUCGCCCGCGAGAUCGACUGUGUCACUGGGGACUCUAUUGACAGUUUCCCUGAUGGGAUCUUUGAUGACGAGCAGUUGAGGCGGGGUGCUUUCCUUUUAUAUGCACUGUUUGGUAUCUACUCAUUUACGCUAUUGGCUAUUGUAUGUAAUGAUUAUUUCAUCCCUUGCGUCGAACUGAUUUGCGAUGACUUAAAAAUACCUCAGAAUGUAGCCGCUGCAACAUUCAUGGCAGUCGCCACUUCUUGUCCUGAAUUCUUUGUCAACGUUAUAUCAACCUUUUUGACUGAAUCUGACAUGGGUAUAGGAACGAUAGUCGGUUCUGCCAUCUUCAAUGCUCUCGGAGUAGCUGCUGUUGGAGGUCUUGCUGCUAUCAGGCCUAUCCCAAUAGAAGCAAGACCCGUCACCAGAGAUGUGGUUAUCUACAUGGUUAACGUCGGUGUGUUGGUAGCUUUCGUGUGGGAUGGACAGAUCGACUGGUACGAAGCUCUCGUACUGGGAAUCCUUUACAUCCUCUACUUCAUCGUUAUGUUCAACAGCAUGAGGAUGUUUGCCGUGUAUGAUAGACUCGUUGCCAGAAUGUGCAAAAAGAACAACUCAGACAUUGCUAUGGUAAUUCCUACGGAAAAUGGGAAAUCAGUCGAAGAAGGUGUUGAUAACAAAGGAUUCAGUGAUGUGGAUGCUGAUUAUCCUGAGAAAGUGAAUGUCGUUGAAAAAGUUGAAGAAGAGAAUGUUAAACCCAAGAAGAGUAUAUUCCGGUGGCCCCGAGAGAACUCGUGGGUUUACAAAGUGUGGUGGCUUUACACUUGGCCUUUAAAACUAGUGUUAGGAUUCACAAUUCCGUCUCCAAUUACUUACAAGAAGUUGUAUCCACUGGCUUUCUUUAUGUGCAUUGUUUGGAUCGGGGCCAACUCCUACUGUGUCUCGUGGAGCAUGACAGUUAUUGGGCAUACUUUCUUCAUUCCUGAAUCAGUGAUGGGCAUGACGUUUUUGGCGUUCGGUGGCUGUUUGCCUGAGGCAUGUUCAGUUUUCAUCAUGUCAAGGCGAGGCGAGGGUGGAAUCGGAGUAUCAAAUGCUUUAGGAGCGAAUUCUUUGGCUAUAUUGUUUGCGCUGGGUCUGCCGUGGCUGAUCAAGACUCUGACGUUACUCAGUCAGGGUGCGGACCAGACCGCCGUCCUCAUCAACUCAGCAGGCAUUGACUUCGUAGUGGGUUCUCUGCUCGUCGCUGUCGUAUGCUUGUGGAUCACGCUUUUCAUCGGCAAGUUCACCCUCAGGAGAACUCUCGGUGCCGUCCUCCUAGUUCUUUACGCAGUCUUCAUCACGUUCGCAAUCCUUGUCGAAAUGGGCAUUAUCUUGGACAGGGGUAUUGAAAUAUGCUGAGUAAUUAGUACGCAGUUUCAUUGGAUUACGAUAACUGAGUAAAUCAUCAGUAGAGUUUAUUCAUUCUUCAUGGCUUAAAGUAUGCUUAGACUGAUUACUUAGAUCCUGACAGUUACAAAAUGUGGAUAAAUAAUAAUAAUUGAAAAAAAUAUGUCAUGUAGAGGCGGCUUCACGCUGUCCUUAUUUUCUUAAAUAAAAACGUAGAUUUUUUGAAUGUAGAAUUCGAUGUUGUUUUGAAAUGCAGCUCUUCUAAAGCGUGGAUGUCAAAGAAGAACUGCCCACGUGUGAAAAAGCUCUUAUAUGAUAUUCUGGAUGUGGUAUAAAACUGAGCAUUGCCUUGGAGUAUUAGUUAGACAAUUUUAUAAUUACCAAGAGAGUAAAGAUGAACAAGGUGCGAGCUAGUCUGAUACAUGGCCGAUUUCGGCUUGCAAUUAGAUUUUUUAUGUAUGAAGUGACUGGUUAUUUUAAGUGAAAAUAGUAUGUUAAAGACUUUAAAACGUUGAACAGAGUAUAUCAACAUAUUUAUGGAUUCUCACCAACAUUGAUUUGAAAAUAAAGUGCAAGUAUUUUCAGAUAAGGAUAUAUUUUGCCAGGCUUCCUUCCAGUCUGUCAAAAUAUAUUUUUUAUUUAAGAUUAGGAGACAUUGGGUACAAAAGUAACAGUGGGUCGAAAGUAACAAAAUUUCACCGUGAAACAGCGAAAAUGGCUUCAGCUAUCACUAAAGAUCUGGUUUUGUUGAAAUGAGUAUGAUAUGUAAUAAAUGUAAAAGUACAAAAGUGUUACAUUUUCACUUGGUCUCACUUUCAGAGUCACGUGGUAGAAGUAUGGACUAUUGAUUUUUAUUUGAAAGAAAUUGUAUUAACGACAAUAAUUAUUAUAUAAUUAAAAUACAUUGAGAUAAAGUGUUAUUCUUAUAUGUAGACAUAACUUAUUGCAGUGUACUUAAAUACAUUGGAUAUAAUGCCCAGCUCCUGUAGACAGAAAAUAAUUCGUUUCACUUAUUUACAGUAACUUUGAAGUUCAUUUUGAGAGGUUCUGUCAAAAAAACUGCUAUUUUAAGCAGCGAAAACUCCUUUGGAUGUUAAUUAUAUGGUAUGGAUAAAUAAAAUAUUUUUUGCCACCCCCAGUUAUUACAGCUAGAAAAGUGUACAUAGCCUUUAACAAAAUAAGCAUCGAAAUGGUUUCCCCGUUUCCUCACUAUGGUUUAGAUAGGUAAAUAAAUAAAAUGACUCAAAGCCAUUAAGGAAAAAAAUAUUCUGAACAACAUUGUAAACAAUAAGAAUUUGCACAAUACUCAUGAUAUUCCGAGUGGCUAGAUCUUUAAACCAGGCACUCAAACCAUUUGUAGUGAUAUUUAUCUACAAUGUUGGUCAACCGUUUCAUAAAUAAACAAGGUUACAGCAUAAA